AUGUCAUCACCAUUAAUUCAACCAGAAAAAUUUCAACACAUUCUUCGUGUUCUUAACACAAACAUUGAUGGUCGUCGUAAAGCUGGUUAUGCUUUAACAGCUAUUAAAGGUGUCGGCCGUCGUUUUGCUCAUGUUGUUCUACGAAAGGCUGAUGUUGAUGCAUCAAAACGUGCCGGUGAAAUGACUGAAGAAGAAGUUGAACGUGUUAUUACAAUCAUUGCUAAUCCACGUCAAUAUAAAAUUCCAGAUUGGUUUCUCAAUAGACAAAAAGACAUCAAAGAUGGCAAAUAUUCUCAAGCAACAUCCAACAAUCUUGAUACAAAAGUUCGUGAUGAUUUAGAACGUAUGAAAAAAAUUCGUGUCCAUCGUGGUCUUCGUCAUUACUGGAAUUUACGUGUACGUGGUCAACAUACAAAAACAACUGGUCGACGUGGUCGUACAGUCGGUGUAUCAAAAAAGAAAGCGUAA